AUUUGCUUUGUAAUCAAUCAUUGCAUUCACUGUGUCGUCUCUGAAAUGCCUCUCCAAGCUUUCUUGCCUAGCACCAAGUGGUAUUUCUAGUAAAGGAAAGAGUCCCCCUUAUCCAUUAUAUAAACUGCUCUCUGAUAUGAUACCUUCUACUAUAUUCAAUCAAAAUUCAAACAUGGCAGAUUUCCAAGAAUACGUGAUUCUUCUUCUCAUAUGGCUAGUCUCCAUGAUUGUGAUCAGAGUAAUACUUAACAAAAUUCGACCCACAGCUCAUCUUCCACCAAGCCCACCAGCCCUACCAAUCAUUGGACACCUCCAUCUCCUUGCUCCGAUACCUCAUCAAGCUCUCCACAAGCUUUCAACCAAGUAUGGACCCUUAAUUCACAUAUUCCUUGGCUCUGUCCCUUGUGUUGUUGCUUCCUCCCCUGAGAUGGCAAAAGAAUUCCUCAAAACACAUGAAACUUCUUUCUGUGAUCGUCCAAAAAUGUUUGCUGUAGAUUACCUCACAUAUGGCUCAGCUGAUUUCUCCUUUGCUCCUUAUGGACCAUACUGGAAAUUCAUGAAGAAAAUUUGUGUUUCUGAACUUCUUGGAGGUCGAAUGCUGGACCAGUUGCUUCCAGUCAGACACGAAGAGAUAAGGAGAUUUUUGCAUUUGAUGCUAAAGAAAGCAAAUGCAGGCGAGUCAGUUGAUGUUGGAAAACAGCUUAUAAGGGCAACUAAUAAUGUAAUAUCAAGAAUGACUAUGAGCCAAAGGUGUUCAGACGGUGAAGAUGAAGCUGAUGAGGUCAGGAAGUUGACGCAAGAGACCGCGGAACUUACAGGGAAGUUUAAUUUGUCAGACUUUAUUUGGUUCUGUAAGAACUUAGAUUUGCAGGGAUUUAACAGACGGCUGAAGGAAGUUCAUGACAAGUUUGACAAAAUGAUGGAGAGGAUCAUAGGAGAGCAUCAAGAGGCGAGGAAGAUAAAGAAAGAAACAGGAGGAGAUUCAAUGAAAGAUUUACUAGAAAUUUUACUCGAUAUUUCAGAAGAUGCAAACUCAGAAAUGAAACUGACUAGAGAAAACAUCAAGGCCUUUAUUCUGGAUAUAUUUGCAGCAGGGACAGACACUUCAGCCAUUACUACAGAAUGGGCACUAGCAGAGCUAAUCAAUCACCCAGAUAUUAUGAAGAAAGCAAGAGAAGAGAUUGAUUCUGUAAUAGGAAAGAGCAGACUAGUAGGAGAAUCAGAUAUUCCUAACCUCCCAUACCUCCAAGCCAUAGUAAAAGAAACGCUACGGCUUCACCCAACAGGCCCAUUAAUUGUGAGAGAAUCAACUGAAAAUUGCAGUAUAAAUGGAUACGAAAUUCCUGCAAGAACUCGACUUUUUGUGAAUGUGUGGGCUCUUGGAAGGGAUCCAAGCCACUGGGAAAACCCACUUGAAUUCUGGCCAGAAAGGUUUAUGAGUGAAGAGGGAAAUGGAAAGAGUCAGCUGGACGUGAGGGGUCAGCAUUUCCAUUUGUUGCCGUUUGGAAGUGGAAGAAGAGGGUGCCCUGGAACCUCACUAGCACUGCAAGUGGUGCAGACAAGCCUUGCUGCUAUGAUUCAAUGCUUUGAAUGGAAGGUUAAUGGAGGGGAUGGUACUGUUGACAUGGAUGAGGGACUUGGACUAACCCUUCCAAGAGCGAAUCCUUUGAUUUGUGUUCCAGUUGCUAGGCUAAAUCCAUUCCCAUCAUUCUGACGCAUUACUGGGUAUUCAAAAUAAGAGGCUAAAAGGAAGAUGCAACACAAUGUGAUAUACUAAAGCUUUUUGCAAAUGUUAUAA